GUUCAAAGCUGGCUACUGAGCCGCUCCAACUCGUGUUUGUUUCGAUUCAUUAGCUCCUCGGUUUCUUCACGGUGGAAGGGAGGUGAUUCUCUCCGCCGCCAUUUUUAGGGAACUGCUUAUCGAAAAGAGAAACUUUGCUAGCUGCUGCCUAACGUUAGGAGCUAGCUGGUUGGUCAGUAGCCUGCCUGCCUUCCUGCAGCUCGCUGUGACAGUUUAAAGAUUGGCAGUCAGUCAUUAGCCAGCUCAGCUCUUUAUCUCGCGUUGAUAUAAAUAUUUAUUAUUUCCACCCGCUGACGAAAAGCGGUUAUUGCUAAGGAGAAUAAUCGGGCUGGACAGAAUGACCGUGUUUAUUUGGGUAGGGCAAUUAUGCGGUUAGAUUAGCAUUGCUAACUUAUCAGCUAGCGAAUUCCGUACUUUGAUUUCCCGAGAUUGCUUUGCCUACCUGUGAUUUAACCGCAGACACCUUGCUCUGCUCUGUUACCGAGUGACCGGAUCAAUCAGCCGUUCAUACCCCCUGCUUCAUCUCAAUCUGUGUGGGUUCAUUUUUUGACAAGGCGCCCAUGUGCUGGUUCCUUAGGGUCAUCCAUUACUGCAGAUGAGUCUUCAGCUGCUUUGCCACAGCUCAGCACCCAGAUAGUCCCAUCGCCUUUGCGUGGGUGAUAAGGGACUACAUUAACCAGGAUGCCCUCCUCUGUAAGGGCAGGGAGCCUCAAGGAUCCGGAGGUGGCUGACCUUUUCUUCAAAGACGACCCAGAGAAGCUUUUCUCCGACCUCCGGGAGAUUGGCCAUGGCAGCUUUGGCGCCGUCUACUUUGCACGGGACGUGCGGACAAAUGAGGUGGUGGCAAUUAAAAAGAUGUCCUACAGUGGCAAACAGUCUAACGAGAAAUGGCAGGACAUCAUAAAGGAGGUGAAGUUCCUCCAAAGGAUCCGGCACCCCAACAGUAUAGAAUACAAAGGUUGUUACCUCCGUGAACACACAGCAUGGCUGGUGAUGGAGUACUGUCUUGGCUCAGCCUCUGACCUGCUGGAAGUUCAUAAAAAACCUUUACAAGAAGUUGAGAUUGCUGCCAUCACACAUGGUGCUCUGCAGGGGCUGGCCUACCUUCAUUCCCACAAUAUGAUCCACAGGGAUGUGAAAGCAGGCAACAUCCUGCUGACUGAGCCUGGCCAAGUCAAACUAGCAGAUUUUGGCUCUGCCUCCAUUGCCUCACCUGCCAACUCCUUUGUGGGAACGCCAUAUUGGAUGGCUCCAGAGGUGAUUCUAGCUAUGGAUGAGGGCCAGUAUGAUGGAAAGGUGGACGUCUGGUCCUUAGGAAUUACAUGCAUAGAAUUAGCGGAGAGGAAGCCUCCCUUGUUUAACAUGAAUGCAAUGAGUGCCUUAUACCACAUAGCGCAGAAUGAGAGCCCCACGCUACAGUCCAGUGAAUGGUCAGAAGACUUUAGAAACUUUAUCGAUUCUUGCCUUCAGAAAAUCCCCCAAGACAGACCGCACUCUGACGACAUGUUGGGCCACGAGUUUCUGCAGCGUGAGCGUCCAGAUUCUGUGCUGAUGGAUCUCAUUCAGAGAACCAAGGACGCUGUGCGAGAGCUGGAUAAUCUGCAGUACCGAAAGAUGAAGAAGAUCCUCCUUCAGGAGGCCCACAACGGGCCUACUUCAGAAACCCAGGAUGGAGACGAGGACAUGGAGCCUGGUGGUGGGCGGACAGGAACGGUGAACAGCGUUGGCAGUAAUCAGUCCAUCCCCAGCAUGUCCAUCAGCGCCAGCUCCCAGAGCAGCUCUGUCAACAGUCUGAACGAAGCGGCCCAGGACAGCCGCAGUGAGCUGGAUCUAAUGGAGGGAGACCACACGGUCAUGUCCAACAGCUCCGUCAUACACCUCAAACCGGAGGAAGAAGAGAGUCUCUCUGGGGAACAAGCGGCCACCAGUCAACCCACUGAGCCCCAGCCAACACCAGCUCAGGCCCCGAGGAAGCACUACCGCAACAGAGAGCACUUUGCCACUAUACGCACAGCAUCACUCGUGACACGUGAGAUGCAAGAACACGAGCAGGACUCGGAGCUGAGGGAGCAGAUGUCAGGAUACAAACGCAUGAGGCGGCAACAUCAGAAGCAUCUAAUGGCCCUGGAGAACAAGCUGAAAGGGGAAAUGGAUGAGCAUCGGCUGAGGCUGGACAAAGAGCUGGAGAGUCAGAGGAACAACUUCACCCAGGAGAUGGAGAAACUGCUUAAAAAACACCAGGCGGCCCUGGAAAAAGAUCUGAAGACAUUUGCCAAUGAUGAGAAGAAAUUCCAGCAGCACAUCCAGGUUCAGCAGAAGAAGGAGCUCAGCAGCUUCUUGGAGUCACAAAAGCGGGAGUACAAACUACGCAAAGAGCAGCUCAAAGAGGAACUGAGUGAGAACCAGUCGACUCCCAAGAAAGAAAAGCAAGAGUGGCUGUCCAAGCAGAAAGAGAACAUCCAACACUUCCAGGCUGAGGAGGAGGCCAACUUGCUGAGGAGACAGAGGCAGUAUCUGGAGCUGGAGUGCAGGAGGUUCAAACGUAGGAUCCUCAUCGCCAGACACAACGUGGAGCAAGAUCUGGCCAGAGAGGAGCUGAACAAGCGUCAAACACAGAAGGAUCUGGAGCAUGCAAUGCUGCUGAGGCAUCAUGAAUCCAUGCAGGAGCUGGAGUUCAGGCAUCUGGCAACAAUCCAGAAGGCCCGGGCAGAGCUGAUACGCACACAGCACCAGACAGAGCUCACCAACCAGCUGGAAUACAAUAAGAGGAGGGAGAGGGAGUUGAGGCGCAAGCAUGUCAUGGAGGUCCGGCAGCAGCCCAAAAGCCUGAAGUCUAAAGAGCUUCAGAUUAAGAAGCAGUUCCAGGAGACGUGCAAAACGCAGACCCGGCAGUACAAGGCCCUCAGGAACCAUCUGCUCGAGACCACACCCAAGUCAGACCACAAGGCUGUCCUAAAGAGGCUGAAAGAGGAGCAGACUAGGAAGCUGGCAAUCCUGGCUGAGCAGUAUGACCACUCCAUCAAUGAAAUGCUCUCCACACAGGCUUUGCGGUUGGAUGAAGCUCAGGAGGGGGAGUGUCAGGUUCUAAGGAUGCAGCUGCAGCAGGAGCUCGAGCUGCUCAAUGCUUACCAGAGCAAAAUCAAGAUGCAAACAGACGCACAGCACGACAAGGAGAGAAGGGAGCUGGAGCAGAGGGUGUCUCUGCGGAGGGCUCUGCUGGAGCAGAAAAUCGAGGAGGAAAUGCUUUCCCUGCAAAAUGAGCGCCUGGAGCGAAUCCGCUCACUGCUGGAGCGCCAGGCCCGAGAGAUCGAGGCUUUUGACUCGGAGUCCAUGCGACUGGGCUUCAGCAACAUGGUGCUCACUAACCUGGCUCCUGAAUCUCAGGGAGGCUGGGGAGGAGGAGGAGGAGGAGGAGGUCAGGGGGCUCAGGGGGGAGGCCACUGGCCUGGAGGAGGUGGAGGAGGCAGUCACCAUAGUCAUCACCAGGGGGGCUCUAGCUCACAGCAGUCCUGGGGUCACCCCAUGCUGGCUGGGGGCCCACCACCCUGGAGCCUCCACCACCCCGGAGGAGGGAGUCAGAGGGGUAAUCAAGGAGGUGCGGGAGGGGUGAGGAACAGCCCGCAGGCUAUGAGGAGGACGUCAUCAGGGGGGAGGAGUGAACAGGGCAUGAGCAGGAGCGCCAGCAUCACCUCUCAGAUCUCCAAUGGAUCCCACCUGUCAUACACCUAAAGCCAACACACACACAUGCGCACGCACGCGCGCAAGAGAACAAAAUUGUCUUAAAGCUAAUAUCUCGUGCUGCGAGAUAACACUGUACACAGACGCACAUCACACACAUACUACACUAUAUCUCACACUGCACAGUACUGAGACUGGGUUUAGCUGAACCCAGCUGCUCUCUUACAUCAGUGUACUGCUAGCAGCAGUCUGUGGAAACCCAGAAGAGUUGAGACUAAUAAAAGAUGCCCGAGGGCCAUUUACAGUAGCGCAAUAGAGUGGUUUUUACUGCAGCCUACAGAGCUUACUUAAUGUGUUUGUUAAUGCCAUGUUAGUCUCUGGUGCCACAAUCCCAAACUAGUGUAUUCUUUUUAUACGGAGAGUGGUUUGUUUGCUUUUUUUUUUUUUUUUUUUUUUUUUUUUUUUUUUGGCAGUAUUCUGUUUUACACACAAGCGGGGCUGAAUUGAAAGUUGUUUUAAGAUUGUGCAGAAUAAGGUGUUAAGUUUAUCCUUAUGAGGAUUCCUUCAAACCACAUGCUCAUGCAGCUCAAGACUUAAACUGAUAGAAAGUUUAAUGAGAUUAUUGCUCACAUUCAGUUGCAGGAAAACGAGGACGCGGAAGGACAGUUUUAAGUGACAGUUAACGCGGUCGAGGAAGAAAAUGAACCGAGAAAGAGAGCGAAGGUUGUUGUAAGUGAAUAGCAGUGGGUGUUUCUGUUUAGGUGCAGCGCAGGGGCAGUUGUGGUGAAAGUAUUCAUUCCAGCUCUCAGACUGGACUGAGAAGUUGAAGCAGAGCCAGUGAGAUCCUCCGGUGCAGCGAUUUUUAGUGGAAAACAAAGCUGCACAUGUUCAGGUGUAAGUGCCGUACAGGUUCUCAGGUUGAGAGAGUUACGUGAGGACUGUGAGCCAGGCUGCCAAAGAUAAAGGUGCGGAGUUGGUUUUGUCAUUAUAACUUCUCAAUGCAACAUACUGUGUUGUAAUUAAACACAUUGUGCCAGAGAAAAUCAGUUCAGUGGAAGUUAAUGCCAUGUGGCCAAGGGAGCCAUUUCUCCUGCGUGUUCAGCUUUAUUAGCUCAGCUCUUGGGUUUUCACAGGCCUCGGCCCUUCACCCACACCUGCCCGGUGGAUGGCCAGACUGAAGGGUACUUGGAGCCUUACUAGUCCACAGCCAUUAUGACAGAGAUGGGUUUUCAGCAGCACCUAACAUCAACCUUGAAUAGUUUAAAAAAAAAAAAAAAAGUGGUGUUCACUCUUCACUUGUUUGCAGUAAAAUUUUGGUCUAAUUAGUGACGGCACUAUGCAUUUAUUACCAAAAAAAAAAAAAAAAA